AUGUCAACUCAAAGUCAAUCAUUUCCUGGGGCACGGCAGCGCACAUUUGGCGUUGAACUCGAGAUUGUUGUACCGUGGUUGUGGGAGGGAGAACCUGAUCCUAAUGAAGAGCUUGCGAGUCAGCUACCUCCAAUCCUUAGACUCCCUCUAGAUCUGAAGGAAGCGUAUGAAAGCCGUAUCAUUUCAGAGAAUGACAAGGUUCUGAGGUCAGUUUAUGACUUGUUUACCGACAUACUUGGAACACAUGGGAUACCUGCCGAUAUUAAAGAUAUCCCUACUAUUUCUAGUACCGACUCAAGUUUCCUAUCUGACUCUAUGGCAGGUGUCUCUAUCCUUAGCCUGGAUGAUUAUAAUAAGUGGGGAGUUAAAAGAGACGAUACCGUCAGCGGUUUUGGAGGAGGAUAUAAGUGGUAUGGUAUAGAGAUUGUGUCCUCAGCUGAAAGAGCGUCCACCGAAUCAUUCCAUCUAAUCCGUUACGCUCUAAAUGUACUAAAAUCAAGCUUUAGGAUUGCCGCGAAUCCUUCGUGUGGAAUGCACGUCCACGUGGGGGAUGGUUCUGAAUUGAUGCCGCUAGACCAUGUAAGACGUGUCGCUGGGUUAUUUUGGGCCGCUGAUCCUCUACUCGCUUGCAUACAUCCCCCACAUAGGAGAGUCGCAUAUUACUCUCAGAGCAUUCGAGAACGGAGUAAUCUUGCCAAAGGUGCAAAGGCGAGUCAGAAGGACAAUAACGAACUCAGCCUCGGGUGCUGCGAUGUUUACAUCGGAGGUCGAGUGAGACACGGGGAGUCACCUAUAAGCUGGAGAGAGGAAAAUCACAGAAAACGCCACCUCAUAGGAUAUGGAGAGACUCGACAGCGAGGUCACUUCGAACCGUUCUUCAUGAAGGAUCCUAAUGACGAACUGAAGGUCAAAAAUGCUAAAAUACUUCCCUUGUCAUCAUAUCGUAUUGCGUCUGAUGAAAAUUUGGGAGUCGACAUUCAAGUUGAGGAGUACGCUACUAGUAAGAACAACUGGGAUGCUGUACCAAACACGCCGUAUGUAUCAACGCGGAACCGCGAGACCCCUCGUUACGCAUAUCCCGUAUACAAUCCGAAAGAAAUUGGUAGCACUGAGUUUUCACAUCUAGAAGCGAAAGCAGCCGAGGAUAUUGGAAUCUUUCUAGGCGCCCGAGAGAUAUUUACCUGCUUAACCUCAUGUACUAUAGAGUGGCUGCUACGUGCUGGCGAAAGACCUAAUUAUAACCUCAGCCCAUACGCGUGCUACCGUCUUGAGAAUCGCGGGUCACGUCCAGGCACUAUCGAAUUUCGUGAAGCUGCGGGUACGGUCGAUGGAGGAUGGGCGGAAACAUGGGCAAGAAUAUGUGUGGGCCUUACUCAUUUUGCUAUCCACGCCCCCGUAGAAGACUACUUGUCCGUCCUCUACCAUAUCCAUCGUGCGGCUUCCGAAAGAGCUCCGUAUGACGUUCUAGACCUCCUAGAUGAUGCAGGCCUGUUUGCAGAGGCUGCGAUCGUCGAGAAAAGACUCCUCCAAAAUAAAGAAGAAUGGGGAUUGAAAUUUAUGCCCAAUUUGGAAGACAGCGAUUUUCCAGACACACUAUUUAGCAGCUGA